UUCCUUUUCUUUGUAACAGUAUCCAAUGUAGCCCAAGCUGACCCAAACUUCUGGUCCUAGUGCCUCUGCCCUAUUGAGUGCUAGCAUUGUACCCGUGCCUACCAUGCUUGGCUUAAAGCGGAAGGAAAGAUCCAACUCCCACAGUUGUCUUCUCACCUCCAUAUGUGUGCUGUGUCAUUCAUUCCCACACACUAGACACACAAAAUAAAUACUAAUAAAAACUGGCAGUGCAUGUUCUAGUGUGAAUGGUAAGCUUGUUUGAGUUCACUAUAUAUGAAAUGAUUUUAACUGUCAGAUUCUCAUAGUUUAAGAAGAUAGUCGUGGGGCUGGAGAGCAAGCUCAGUGGUUAAAAGCACUUGUUACUCUACAAAGAACCUGUGUUCAGUUCCCACCACCCAUGUCAGAUGGCUCACAGUUACCUCACAAUUCCAGUUCCAGGGAAUCUAAUGACCUCUAUGAUCACCAGGCAUGUAUAUAGCACACAUACAUACACACAGGCACAACACUUAAACACAUAAAAUGAUUAAAGAAAAAAAAACAGUCUUAAAUAACAUGCUAGCAAUUAAUUUAUUAGUAAUAUUACUUUACUAAUAUUAAAACUAACAAUAGGAUGAUGAGAUUAUUCAUGUGCCAUGUAGUGAAUGACAUUUCUGUCAAUGAGAGAUCUCAUAUAUGAUGUCAUGGCUCUUCAGUAUCAUAUGUGUGGAUUCGCAGGAGAAACUGGUCCACGAUGUAUAAUUCCUAGUGUGAUAAAAAGAGCUGGCCUAUCUAAGCCAAUCAAAGUUGUUCAGUAUAAUAUCAAUACAGAAGAAUUAUAUUCCUACCUAAAGGAAUUCAUCCACAUACUGUAUUUCAGGCAUCUGUUAGUGAAUCCCAGAGACCGCCGGGUUGUGGUUAUUGAGUCGGUGUUAUGUCCUUCCCACUUCAGAGAGACACUUACUCGUGUUCUUUUCAAGUAUUUCGAGGUCCCAUCUGUCUUACUUGCUCCAAGUCACCUGAUGGCGCUGCUGACACUCGGGAUUAAUUCUGCCAUGGUCCUGGAUUGUGGAUAUAGGGAAAGCCUGGUGUUGCCUAUAUAUGAAGGCAUCCCAGUACUGAAUUGCUGGGGAGCCCUACCCUUAGGAGGAAAAGCCCUUCACAAGGAGUUGGAAACUCAACUGUUGGAACAAUGUACUGUUGACACUGGUGCUGCUAAAGGACAGAGCCUUCCCUCAGUGAUGGGUUCAGUGCCAGAAGGUGUCCUAGAAGAUAUUAAAGUGCGUACGUGCUUUGUAAGUGAUCUGAAGCGUGGACUGCAAAUCCAAGCAGCAAAAUUUAAUAUUGAUGGGAAUAAUGAGCGUCCAACUCCACCUCCAGAUGUUGACUAUCCAUUGGAUGGAGAGAAAAUUUUACAUGUACUUGGAUCAAUCAGAGAUUCAGUUGUGGAAAUCCUUUUUGAACAAGAUAAUGAGGAGAAGUCAGUUGCCACUUUAAUAUUGGAUUCCCUUUUACAGUGCCCAAUAGACACCAGGAAGCAACUGGCAGAGAAUCUGGUAAUCAUAGGUGGCACAUCUAUGUUGCCAGGAUUUCUCCACAGGUUGCUUGCAGAAAUACGGUAUUUGGUAGAAAAGCCAAAAUACAAAAAGACACUUGGCACCAAGAACUUCCGAAUUCAUACUCCUCCUGCAAAAGCUAACUGUGUGGCCUGGUUGGGAGGGGCUGUUUUUGGAGCAUUGCAGGAUAUACUUGGGAGCCGCUCCAUUUCAAAGGAGUACUAUAACCAGACGGGCCGCAUACCUGACUGGUGUUCUCUCAACAACCCGCCUCUGGAAAUGAUGUUUGAUGUUGGGAAAACGCAACCACCACUGAUGAAAAGAGCAUUUUCCACCGAGAAAUAAACGCUUGGAUAAAUUCAGCCUUGCUUAUUUCAAGUAUUUAAUCAAUUAGAAGUAAACUGUACAAACUAUGUAGGAUGAUUUAUUAUAUAUAUAGGUGGCUUUUAUUUAACAAAGCAUUUCUGUAUUUUCUCAUUGCAUUAAUAUUUAAUUCACCUGACUUUGUCUCUUGUGCCUAUGUGGUAGUGGAUGCUUGUGAGAUAUGUAUUUAUAUCAAUAAAAUAUAGCUAAACUGUUCAAUUUGAUAAGUUUAUUAUAUAGUCCAGUUUCCUCCAGUCCUGAGUAUUAGAAACUCCACUAAUUUUACUAUUUUUAGCAAUAGAUCCAGCCCAUGAGUGUAGUUUUUGCAGUCAUUUCAGGUUCUUUUUAAAUUUUUUAAAAAUUAUAUAUGUGUGCAUAUGGAUGUGGGUGCCUGUGGAUGUGAGGUCCAGGACAGCCAGGGUUAUACAGAGAAACUCUGUCUCAAAAAAACCAAAACCAAAAAAAGAAAAAAGAAAGAAGACUAGUGAAAGUGAUGAGUAUUGUAAUGCUGCUGUUACUAACUUGUAUUAAUGGUGGAGAAUGGUACUUCAAUUUAUACUUACUUGGGUGGAGCUCAAAAGUAUGUAUUUCUACACCCUGCAUAGUGAAUGCUUGGCCCUGCUAUCAAACAGUCUGAAAGAUCUGAAAAGUUUUCAUGGGCAUGCAGUGAAACAAAGGAUCUAAAAAUACACCAUGUUAGAAUCUGAAAUAACAGAGAUGGCUCAGUGGCUAAGAGCAUAUGUCUUCCAGGGGAAUUGAUUUUGGUUUCAGCACCCACAGCACAUGACUCAGAAAGAGACUACAGCUCCAGAGGACCUAAUGCCUCACUCCUCCACAGAUACCCACAUCCAUAUGCACUUUAUGUUCAAGAGCAUGCAACCUCUACAUUCCUAUAAAAUGUAAUUCACUCUUUAUAAUUUCUAGUAAACAUAAUGAUAGUAAUCACGGCUCUUGUGCUUUCUAUUUCAGCACAAGGGUUCUUUUGUUUGUUUUGUUUUUUUGUUGUUGUUGUUUUUUUCAAGACAGGGUUUCUUUGUGUAACCUUAGCUGUCCUGGAACUCAUUCUGUAGACCAGGCUGGGAUUAAAUGUGUGCGCCACCAUGGCCUAGUCUAGCACAAGGGUUUUAUGUCCUUUAAACUAAUGGACUCAUUCAUUGUUAAACUUUUAUUUUUCCUCAUUUGUUUAAUGAACUUCCUCCUGAAGAUAGGUUUUGUGUGUGUGUGUGCACGCGCACGUGCGCAUGCAUGAGUAGAAACUAACACAGGUUCUGGUGUGUAUACUUUAACUCCACACAUAGUCUAAUCACUUUGCUUUUUAAAUCUUUCCAAGUUUUGCCAUAUUCUUUACAUAUGAAGAUACGAACUCUUGAAGAAGAUGGCUUCCUGCAAUAAGCGUAGGAAAAGAAGAACCUGUUAGCCAGGUAGUGGUGGUGCAUGCCUUUAAUCCCAGCGCUUGGGAGGCAGGGGCAGGCGGAUUUCUGAGUUCGAGGCCAGCCUGAUCUACAGAGUGAGGUCCAGGACAGCUAGGGAUACACAGAGAAACCCUGUCUCAGAAAAAAGAAAAGAUUUACUGAUACCUACUAAACAUCUAUAUGCCCUGUAUACUUGUGGAUACUGUGGGUGUAGACCAUACAGCAGUAAGAUGUAGACCGGUGCCCUUUAGGGCCAAAGGCUAAUAGAGACAGAUUUGCACACAAAUAGUCACACAGAAGCUAUCACUUGCUUGUUGCUACUGACACUAUUUGGCCCUGGAGAAAAACCAUUUAGAAGAGCUUUGACCUGCUUCCUGAAGAGCAGGUAGGACAGUGGGGACAAGUUACUUCAGGUUAUGUGAGCAGAACUCUGCACUCAAGGCAAACGAGCUGAGGUGCUGAAGCUGAGGGUAACAUUAAGGUGAGACCUUGCUAAUCACACUUUAAGGAGAAGUUAACCUGAAUUUCAUGUUAAGUAAUGAAACAUCACCUUGGCCAGAAACUCUCCUAAUCUGCUUUGUCCUAGAGGCGAUAACAAUGUCUAUUGCCCUGAGCACAUCUGUCAUAGGCACUGUGACUGUCACGGCUUUGACACUGUUGUCAUCUUCUCUCUGGAGCAUCAGCACCAGAAGGACUAUGAGCAUUCUAAGGAUCAGGAGAAGGAAUACUGUACUCAACUUACAUGGAUCCACUAUUUCAAUAACAUUUUUUUGCAGGAGAUAUUUUAAUAAAUCCCCAGUUGUACAUGCUGGCACACAUCUGUAGUCCUUCAGCUGUAGGAUUAUCCAAGCCCAGGAGUUUAAGACCAACUUGGGUUCUGUACUGAGUUCCUGAUAAUACACACAUACAAAACCGUCUACUCUGCAUUUGUACUGAUUUUGUCUUGUAUUGUGAUUGUUUAAGGAAAUAAAAAUGUUCAUUUAAAA